UCAGACAAAUUAUAGGCAGGGUUUGCUAUUUUAAAAACUAGUCAAAGUUAGGUUCAACGCUUGUGAUAUUAAAGUAGUUUUAUUUAUAAAAUUUUCCACAUAUAAUAAAUAUGCAUGUUUACAUUGAUAUGUCUGGCAUAUUUCUAGCUUUGCUUCUCUUCUCGCUUCUGUGCUCAGCCCAGAAUGUCACCCAGUCUGUUGACAGCCAGCAGGGCAUUAAUGUCAAGAUCCUGCUACAGUCUUCCCCUUCAGCUUCCUUGCCAGAGUCCUCUGUCUCCACCAUCUCCACAACCACACCCAAGUCGGAGGCUAAACCCACAGCCAAGUCAUCAUUGCAGGCACAUGAGAUCGAGGAGGAGGACUACAACUUCCAUCGUGAUCGUCUUCCAGCCUUGACCGAAGACGAGUACAGUAACCUCAGCGAGGAUGCCAAUCCUUUGCACUUCCUCAAGUCCUCGCAGUCACCAAACUCUGAGGAAAAACAGACUCAGUCCUCGCAGCCAGAGAAAUCCGAGCAGAUAACGACACCUUCACCCGCCAAGCCCCAACCGGAUCCACCAAAGGUUGCCCCACCAGCAGCAGGUUCGCCCAUCUACAUCACCAUCCCUAUCUACAUCAGCACAGCUGGAAAACAACCGCUCACCUUGACCAUUGGUGACCAGGAGCUGUCCCUGAAUAAGGUGCGACGGCCCGGCGGAUCGGGAGCGAUGAGCAGGAAAAAUCCCUCCACCAAGUCACCCAACUCGCACUUUAAUAGAUUGCUAAACAAGAUCGAGUCGCCCAAGAGAAGGACCACCAAUCGUCAUCGUAGUCAGCUGAAGAGUUACAUCUAUGCGAUGAAGGAGCGAAUGGAUCGUAAGGAUGCCAGAAAGAUUUAGACAUGUUAAGGAUUCGGAUUAUGGCAUUUAUACUACAAUUUUUUAUAGCUAGCAAAUAAAUAUUUGACAAUAAAUAGGUGAGGAAAGGUGA